AUGACUACAUUAGUACAAAACGGGGACGACGACUCGUUUAUUAUCUUGGGAACUUCUCCUGGAUCCAGUCUGGACAUGAAGUGCCUUGAGAACGGUAUUGAGAACGGUCUGGAGACCGGCGAGGUCACUUUGGACAAGGACCAGAUGGAGGAAGCUAUGAAGGACCUCUCUGACGAAGCUAAUAUGGCGUUUAAGGCGCAUUUUAAGCUUGGAGAUUGUCCAUCUCCAGCUAGCAUGAUGGUAGCCAGCACCAUCAUAACGGAUGAUAGAAGUACAGAAGAGCUUCAGAAGCGAUUCGGGGAAAUUCUAGACGAAAAUGUGAUAUUGAAGGAGACUUUGAAACAGAAUAAUGAGUCUAUGAAGGAACAGUUCCUUCUAAUAGCAUCCUGCCAGGAGGACAUGAUGAAGACACAUGUUCUGCACAAGGAGAAGUUUGAAGAGACCAAAGGAUUGGUGGAGAAGCUCCGUCAAGAAAACAAAAAGCUGAAAUCAGAAAUAGCAAGAUUAGCUGACACUGAAGCGAAGUCUUUAGUCAGUAGCGAGACUGGUGAGUCAGUGGUGGCGAGCAGUGUGGUAGACCCUGCACCUUCAGGUCCAUCAUCAGCUCUCGAGUUUGUGACGUCACCCGACGAUGAUACCAUCAACAAAUUGACCUCGCAGUUGGAGCUAGUUGAAAAGCAAAGGAGACAGGUGAUUGUAGACAACGAGAAGCUGACGUGGCAGAAAGAGUCUUUAGAACACAUAGUGGAUGCCACGUCCAAAGAGAGAGAUGACCUUAGAGAAAAACUUAAGAAUGCCGAGCUACUCCUAUCAACCAGGGACACAGAGCACGCGGCAGAGGUCAAUAACCUCAGGUAUACGAUACAAGACCUAGAAGCACAGUUGCAGUCUGCCAGUUAUUCAAGUAUAUCAUCAGAGGAGGUAGCCAAACGCGACCAGCUCCUGCACCAGUUAGAAGGCAAGGUCACCACGCUACACGCUGAACUUAAGACUGCACAGCUCAAGAUAUUGGAACUGGAAACAGUUAAGUUGGAGUUCACGAAGCUCAAGUCAGGUGUCUCCGAAGCCAUCAGGAUAUAUAAAGACCAGAUACAGGAUCUACAUAUCCGACUCAAAGAGGCCGCUACUACUGUCUUCCAACCGGUUCGAUUCUCGAUUAGUUCAGAGUCGGAGAACUCUUCAUCCGAGUUCACGAGUCUGAUGUCGAACGUGAAACUUUACGACAAGACGUUGAAACAUCUAGCAGAGUUACUGAAUGCACUGACGCAUGGAAUGUCAGAUAGUCUAGUUCAAACUCUCGGUUUGAUAUCAAGCCUCCACGACUACAAGCUGGAGAGAGUGACAGCAGAACAGUUCAAAGCCGGCCUCACUGAUAUUAAGCAGCAGAUGGAGAAACAACACAGCACUGCGCUUAAUAACAUAGGUCAAGUUAGAGGCACGCUCUCAAUAUUCGAAGGUAUAUUCAAGGACUACAGCGAAGUCCUGAAGAACACAGUAGCCCCGAAGCCCCGACUAGAGCGCGCCUCUAACGUGGAAGCUCUCACCGCCGCGCUCGUAGCUCGCGGCCACGAGCUCGCGCAGCUACAGGGCGAGCUCGCCAGGCUCAGGGGACAACAGGACGAUACUGAACUACUUAAAGCUCAGAUGGAUUUGUAUAAGAGUGACUUCGAAGCGGAGAGAGAAUCGCGUCAGAAGAUGGCGAGUGAGAAAGAGAAUCUACAGACAGAUAUCCGGACAUUACAGAAACGGAAUCAGGAACUCACGCAACAGUUGGAGGAAGUCCGCAAGAUCAACCCGUCAGUCCAUCGUUCGGCGACGAGUAGUGUCCGCAGCAGUACGAGCCGGGCCCCCGCCACGCCGCGCGCUCCCAGCAGGCCGGCGCCUGCGCAGCCCGCCGCCACCGGGAACAUGGUGUUCACAUGUCCAAAAUGUAUGAGAUUCUCAUGCGAUCAGUACAAAGUUAUGGAGGACCACUUCGACUUCUGCCUCGACGACUUUUAA